AUGUUUGAUAUACUUGCACCACAUCUUAAGGGUCUUACGGAAGACCUUAAUGAUGAAAUUAAAUAUCAAAAAUUUAAACAUGGUAUAAAAGAUAUUAAAGAAUUUUUAGAAAAACUUGCUAAUAGAGGAAAGGUUGAUCCAUUAAGUAGUAAUUUUGCUCAAUAUCUUGACGAAAAUGAUAAAUUAAAAUAUUUAAGAUAUGAAUUUUCCAUUCCUAAAUCUCGUGAUAUUGUUAAUGAUAGCGUUGAGGCGAAAAGUCCUGAAGAAGAGUGCAUGUAUUUUUGUGGUAAUUCACUUGGAUUAAUGCCAAAGCGUGCAAGAGAAUUGAUUAGUCAAGAACUUGACGUAUGGGCUUCAUCUGGAGUUGUUGGUCAUUUUAAACAUAAACAUAAUCGACCGUGGGUAUCCAUUGAUGAUACUUUAGUAGAAAAAAUGGCAGAUAUUGUUGGAGCAAAACCUAUUGAAAUUGCUAUUAUGAAUACUCUCACUUCGAAUUUACAUCUACUUAUGGCAUCAUUUUAUACGCCAAAUAUAAAAAAGACUCGUAAAAAGAUUUUGAUAGAACCAAUGGCUUUUCCAUCCGAUCUUUAUGCAAUAGAAUCUCAAAUUAAAUUCCAUGGAUUAGAUCCCGCUAAAGAAUUGAUCAAGGUGACACCACCUCAAGGAGAAAGUGUUGUACCACUUAAUACCAUUCUUGAGAUUAUUGAGAAAGAAGGUCAUACCAUUUCAAUAGUAUUGUUUAGUGGAAUUCAUUAUUAUACUGGGCAAUUCUUUAAAUUGAAAAAGAUUACUCAAGCUGCUCAAAAGAAGGGAUGUAUUGUGGGAUUUGAUUUAUCUCAUGCUGUUGGUAACGUUGUUCUCAAACUUCAUAAAUGGGGAGUUGAUUUUGCAGCAUGGUGUUCUUAUAAAUAUUUGAAUUCUGGGCCUGGAGGUAUCGCUGGUAUCUUUCUCCACGAAAAACACGCUACCAAUUUCAAUCGUCCAAGAUUGACAGGAUGGUGGGGUUCGGAACGGAAAUCAAGAUUUAAAAUGGAUCAACAAUUCAAGCCAAUUCCUGGAGCAAGUGGAUAUCAAUUAUCUAAUCCAUCAGUAUUGAACGUAGUAUCAUUAUUGGCAAGUUUGGAAAUAUUUUCAAGAACGAGUAUGGUGCAUUUACGUGCUAAGUCUAUAUUACUUACAGGAUAUUUAGAAUAUUUAUUAGAUAAACAGUUAAAUGGAUUAGGAUUUAAAAUUAUUACACCACGUGAUCCACAUCAAAGAGGAUGUCAACUUUCAUUAAAAUUUUUUGAGCAUAGCGUACAAGAAAAAGUCUCUAAAGAAUUAAUGAGUUACGGAGCAGUUGUUGACGAACGUAGCCCUGAUACCAUUAGAGUUGCACCAAAUCCUAUGUAUAACAAUUUUUCUGAAGUAUUUCGAUUUGUUAGUGCUCUUAAAGUUAUUAUAGGUGAUAUAGGAGUUAAAAGUUAA